AUGGCUCCGAAUUUGAGCAAAUUGACCUCAAGGACUGAUGUCAAAAUCGCUGUAGCGGCAUCGGCUGCACUUGGUGCAUGGAUUUUGAAGAAUUCUAUAAAGUCAAGCAAAUCAAAAAAUGUGAAGCCUGGUCAACUCACAUUAGAAGAAAGUGUACAAUAUAUGAUAAAAGAUAAAAACAAAAAGAGCACAAAAGCCCAAGUGAAUGCUAAAUUUUUCAAGGAAUUAAAAGCAUUAUGGAAGAUUAUGGUGCCUGGACUAUGGACAAAGGAGAGUGGUUUUAUGGUGCUAAUAGCAUUAUCACUUAUUGCUAGAACAAUGUGUGAUUUAUGGCUUAUUCAACACACAACAUUUAUAGAAGGAUCAAUCAUCACAAUGAACAAAUUAGAAUUUAAGAAACUACUAACACAGUUCUUCGUGGCUAUGCCUUUGAUUUCACUAGUAAAUAAUGUACUAAAAUGGAGUAUAGGAGAAGUAAAACUUAGAAUAAGGACAAAUCUUUCGCUGCAUCUCUACGAGCAAUACUUAAAAGGCUUCACAUACUACAGAGUAACAAACUUGGAUAACAGAAUAUCGAACGCUGAUCAGCUUCUCACCACUGAUAUUGAGAAGUUCUGUGACACUGUAAUAGACCUAUACAGUUAUAUUAGUAAGCCCCUAUUGGAUAUAUCUAUUUAUCUGUAUAGGUUAACAGUGAAUUUGGGGCCUUCGACACCGGGUUUAAUGAUGGCGUAUUUAUUGGCUUCUGGUGUGUUUUUAACCUACCUACGAAGGCCGACAGCUCGCAUGACGGUGCAAGAGCAAAAACUGGAAGGUGAAUACAGAUAUGUCAAUUCAAGGCUCAUCACCAAUUCUGAAGAGGUCGCAUUUUACCAGGGUAACCGUCGCGAGCAACUGACGCUGUUAUCAAGUUUCUACAAGUUGACGAGGCAUUUGAGGAAUUUCCUCAACUUCCGGGUCGCGAUGGGAUUCAUAGACAACAUUGUUGCUAAAUAUAUUGCAAUCGUGGUUGGAUUUUACGCUGUGUCUCGGCCGUUCUUCGUUAAGAACCACAAUUUAUUGACUGUUGGCACAGAACAAGAUAGGUUUAGGCAUUACUACACAUACGGGCGUAUGUUAGUCAAAAUGGCCGAAGGAAUCGGCCGACUCGUGUUAUCCGGCCGUGAGUUGAGCAAAUUGGCCGGUCUCACUUCCAGGGUCACGCAAUUACGGAGUGUCUUGGAAGAUAUUAAUACAGGAAAUUACGAGAGGACCAUGGUGGACCGGCAACCUGGCAUCUUGGGACCGAGUACAUUGGCACUAACACCUGGGGCGGGUAAAAUUAUAUACCAAGACAAAAUUAUAAGUUUUGACAAGGUGCCACUGGUCACGCCCAACGGAGACGUACUCAUUAAGGAACUUACCUUUGAAGUAAAAUCCGGUAUCAACGUCCUAGUCUGUGGCCCGAAUGGUUGUGGGAAGUCGUCGAUGUUCCGAAUGCUUGGAGAACUUUGGCCUAUAUUUGGUGGUACCCUCGUAAAGCCACCUAAAGGCAAGCUGUUUUAUGUACCACAGAGGCCGUAUAUGACUUUGGGGACUUUCAGGGAUCAGAUAAUAUACCCACAAACUCGGGACGAAAUGGUUCGUCGGGGUCGUACGGACGAAGAGUUGGAGCGAUACCUCGAUAUCGUACAGCUGUCGUAUCUCGCUACUAGGGACGGUGGCUGGGAUGCUGUAGAAGACUGGAUGGAUGUACUCUCCGGUGGAGAGAAACAGAGGAUUGCGAUGGCGCGUCUUUUCUACCACGCGCCACAAUUCGCGAUUCUGGACGAGUGUACGAGCGCAGUGUCGGUGGACGUUGAAGGGCACAUGUACCAAUACUGCAGAGAGAUGGGCAUUUCUCUAUUUACGGUAUCUCACCGUAAAUCAUUAUGGCAACACCACGAUCAUUACUUACAAAUGGAUGGUCGAGGGGGUUACGUUUUUGGGGAGAUUGAUAACUCUACACAGGAAUUCGGAUCGUGA